GUCUUCACAGAACGCUCCAGCUGAAAGAAAGAGGGGAAAGAAAGCGUCUUGUAUACUUGUUCCAUAAACACAAUGAAAGACCUCAGUGAAGGGUCUGACGAUGCUGAUGGAGGUCGGCCACGAUUACGGGCCGGAGGCGGACCUUUCUCAGCAGUACCCUCCGCCAUUACUGCCGAAACCGGGCAAGGGCAACGCCCGGCUCCAGAAACUCAAGAAGAAGAGGGCCAAGAAAAAGGGCAGCCUCUCCCAGACGCCCGUCCCCUUUCGCUCCUGUCUGUCGCCCGUCAACGAGGCGAGCACGGACCUCGAGCACAGCGACCGGUCCAGCACGCCGGACUCGGCCUGCGAUGCGGACCCGUCGGUGUCCAGUUUCCCCUUUGAACCCCUCUACAACCGCUCUGCUUCGGCAUUCCCUCGCAGCGGCCCCUACGGCCUGUCGGGCCGCUACAGCCCUCAGUCCCACGUCGCUCAGAUCAGGACUUCUGAAGAUCAGGUGGCUCCGCUGUACGAGUGCUCCUCUUUUCUAUUCGAUGACGUGACUCCUCUCAUGAGGCCACCUUCGCUUUCCCCACCACCCCCUCCACCAGCGCCACCACCUGAGCGGCCUGCAGCGCCGACUCUUCCCUACGUUUUCAAUUUAAACACGGCUCCAAAUUCCCGUGGGUCAGUCACAACAGUUCCUCCGGUUGCCGCGUCGCAAUCCAGCACGAGAAUAUCCACCCACAGCAUGACCCUAUCCCCAGCUGCCCCCACCUGGGGCCCGGCGGCUUCUCAGGUUGCAGACCUACCGACUCUAUCGGCUCCAAACACUCAGGCACAACCUUUUGUUCCCAGCCAGAGGGAGACAAACGCCAGUUUAAAGGACAACCGUCAGAGCCAGAGCUCCUCCUGGAUUGCCAGACCAGCCAGGGAUGACAGCUUUGUUCCCAGCCAGAUGUCCCCUGAGGUGACCGCCUCAAAAAUAUCCCUCGUUGAAGCAGUUAAAGAGACAAAGCCUGAGGCCCUACAAAGCAGGAUUUAUACAUCGAAGGCAACGUUUUAUGAGAUCUCUAAACCUCCCUCCAUCCAGGAGCUCCCGGUAAUGACCCCAAGCUACCAGGGAGCAUCGCUGUCUGACGGGUACAGAAAGAAGACGGCGGUGACGGUGGUGAAAUCUGAUCAGAAAUGGUCCGCCUCCCAAUGUGGAAGGCCAAGGACUCCCUCGUCUACACCGGCUCGAGUGUCCACGCCCUUUAUUGAGAUAUCCAAACCUAACCCACUUUUGUUUGCCGCUUUCAAGUCCUCUCAAGAUCUACAAGCUCCUGUGAUUCCCAACGAAGCUCCAAGACAGAAAUCGGUGAUUCAAACCAGAGCAAGAAGUAAACCUUCUGCUGCCGCGGAGGAACUGAAGCAGACUGACGCGAAUCACAUUACGAGUAUCAGACAAGCUAGCAACUAUGAAAAGAUAGAGGCGCAAAAGAGUACAAUAAAUCUAAGCAUUGCUAAUAUGGAUCUGUACCCAAGAGAGAACUUGGCAUCAGCUCUGACUGCACAGGACUCUGCGGAGGCCAAACCAACACUGAUAGAACCAGUCGACCCAGAACCACAAACAAACCAAGUUUCGGAAAGUGAAGCUUCGUCUUUGCCAGAAGUCCCAUCAGUUCUCUCUACCGUACCAAAUACUGCAAAUAUCAAGCCUACGCCAGUGAUUUAAAUUCAAGCGCCACCAAGUCCAAGUCCCCUGUCGCCCCCUCAUCGCACCCCUGGGGUCGUGGCACGUAAGUCGUUGUCGUCACUAUUGCAGAGUC